GUCUUCACCACUUUUAACCAAACACCACCACCACGAUUCUUCAUUCCAUUCGUCUUACACAGAUUCUUGACAAUGUCGACCACUGCUGCAUCGCUGACCCUCUACCACAAUCCCCUUUGCGGAACCUGCGUCAGCGCCACGCCUCUUCUCGAGGCCGAAGCUGAGCGCAAGGGGUUCCAGCUCGAGAAGGUCGAGUUCAAGUACAACCCUCUCCAGCCCGAGCAGGUGAAGCAGAUCCUGAUCUUUCUCGGCGCCCGUGAAGGUGAGAGCGAUGAGGAGACUGCCAAGAUCUGCCAGGAAUUCCUGAGAAAGGACGCGCCCAAGGUAUCGAGCAUUGCUGAGGCGCAAAAGGUUGUUGCGGAAAACCCUGCCUUGAUGCAGAGACCCAUCGUCGUCAAUUGGGCUGCGCAAAAGGCAAAAAUCUGUCGACCUGCAGAUCUGAUUUACGAGAUGACCAAGGACCUUUAGUCCAGGAACGUAUUACUUUUUCACAUCUCAAUAAAGGAUUGUUUAAACGAGG